AUGUAAUAAGAACUAAAGAAUCAUUCUGUUGUUUUUUUGGGAGCGCAUGGUUAAGGAAAAUCAACAAUAUCUGGGCUUAUAGUAAGUGAACUAAAUCAUGCUUCUCCAUAUGCAUUAGAAAGAAUCGAUGAACAUCCACAUGUUUAAGAAAAACCUGAUCUUAGAUAUACAUUUUUGAUGGAUAGACUAAGAUAAGAGAGAAAUAAUAAAUAAACUUAAAUAUUUUCGACUAAUCAUGUUACAAUAAAGUAAAAAAUGUACACUCUGAUUAAUAUCCCUGGAUAACAUUAAUACAUAAAUUAAAUGUAAAUUGGGAUUGCUUAUGGAGAUAUAGUAGUAUUUGUUUUGAGUGCUGUGAAUGAUAAAUAUUAGUAAAGUUUUUAAUUAGAUACUACAUUUGAAUUACAGUUUCAUUUAUGUAUAGCUAUGGAAAAGAAACAUUUUAUUUGUGUAAUCAAUGAUAUGGAUUUGGUUGAAUAUUAAUAAUUUUGUUAUUAAUAUGUUGUAGAUGAUUUUUCCAAACGUUUAGAAAAAUUUUAAAUAAAUACAAAAAAUAUUUAAUUUAUUCCAAUAUCUUUAAAAUAAGCUGAAAAUAUUUAAAAAAAAAUAUAAAAUAUGAAUUGGUAUAAAGGUCCUACUUUGAUUGAAGCUUUAGAUUAAAUACCAAAUGAUGAUGAAUAACACUUAAUCAAAAAACCACUUAGAAUAAACAUUUAUGAUUGUAUUCGUAUUCCAGGAAUUGGAACUGUAGCCCUAGGUAAAUUACUAUAUGGUCAAUUGAAACCAAAUUAGUAUUUAAGAUUUGCUCCGAUACCCUUUUAAUCUUUAGUAAAAGCAAUUGAAACUCAUCAUUUUUAUUUAGAUUUAGCAAUUCCUGGUAACUUAAUUGGAUUUAAUUUGGCAAAUUUAUAAUAUAAGGAAAUUAAAAAUGGAUAUUUAUGUUCUAAUUUUGAAUAGGAUCCUGUUUAAGAAUGUUCAUCCUUUAUUGUAUAAUUAAAAAUAUUAGAUGAUGUUAAACAAUAAUUUAAGGUAAAAUAGUAUUAUACUCUACAUUUCUUUACUAUACGAAUGCAAUGCUGUAUUGAAGAGAUUUCAUAAAAAGUCAGUACUAAAAAUUAAAAUAUUGAAAAUUCUAAAAUUUUAGAAGCGGGUGAUACUGCUUUAGUUUAAUUUCGACCAAUUAAGUAGUUAACUGUAGAAAAAUAUAUAGAUUAUCCUGAUCUAGGUAAGAUAGCUAUUGUGGAUAAUAGACGUAUGAUAGCUUUUGGAUAAAUUGUUGAAGUGACAAAGAAAGCGUUAAACCAACAAAUCUGA